AUGGUGGGUUGUUCUUUUACGUUUUCUUUCUUUUUUCUUUCUUUUUUUCUUUCUUUCUUUCUUUCUUUCUUUCUUUUUUUCUUUCUUUCUUUCUUUCUUGAUUGCUUUCUUUCUUUCUUUCUUGCUUCUUGCUUGCUUGCUUUCUUUCUGACACUUUUUUCUUUUUCAUUCCUUCCCCUCAACCUACAUAUAACAGUUUUUCUUUCUUUCGUUAUUUUUUUGUUGUUUUCUUUUUCCUUUUUCUUCUUUUUCCUUCAUUCAUCUACCUUCAUUCAUUCCUCCUUUCCUACCGACCGACUUAUUUUAAUAUUUAUUUUCUUCUUUCUUUCUGUUGCAUUUACUGUUACUUUCUUCUUUUUUCUUCCUUCCUUCUUCCACCCUAUUUCUUCCUUCAUUCCUUCUUUCCUUGCUUUCUUUCUUUCUCUUGUAGUUGCUGCUAUUUUCUUCUUUUUCCUUCUUUCAUUUCCUUCCUUCUUUCCUUCCUUCCUUCCUUUUUUCCUCCCUCCUUCCUUCCUGCCUGCCACCCUAUUUCUUCCUUCAUUUCUUGUUUCCUUUUCUUUCUUUUUUCUGUUGUUUUUUGUUACUUUCUUCUUUUUAAUUCUUUCCUUCCUUCUUAUUUAUUUCUUCCUUCUUUCCUUUACAUUCCUUUCUUCAUUCCCUUUUACCUUUCUUUCUUUCUUUCUUUCUUUUAAGUCUUUUUCUGUUACUUUUUUCUUCCUUCCUUCCUUCCUUCUUAUUUUUCCUUCCUUCUUUCCUUUACAUUCCUUCCAUCCUUCCGUCUUCCCCCCUUCCUUAUUUCCUUCCUACCAACCUACAUGUAACAUUUCUUUCUUUCUUUCUUUCUGUUGUUUUCUUUUCUGCUACUUUCUUCUUUUUUCUUUCAUUCAUCUACCUUCAUUCAUUCAUUCAUUCCUUCCUUUCACCCCAUUUCUUUCGUUUCUUUCUUUUCUUUCUUUCUUUCUUUCUUUCUCUCUUUCUUUCUAUCUUUCUGUUGUUUUUCUGCUACUUUCUAUUUUCAUUCCUUCUUUCUUUUAUAUUUCUUUCUUCCCUCAUUUUUCUUUCUUUCGUUCUUUCAAGUGUUUUUCUGCUACUUUCUUCGUUCUCCUUCCUUCCUUCAUUGAUUGA